AAGCUUUGAUGGAUCUAAUCAGAGCCCCCCUGCCAAGGAGAAGGAAGCCCUGUAGGUGCAGCUGCCCCAGACACGCUCAAAACAGAUCCUGGCACCUCAGCAAAGAGGCAGACGGCGCCUGGGAGGGGCCUCAGAAAGCAGCUGAUAAGUCUUUAGAUUUGGACAGAUUCUGACCGUGAAACUGCACAGAAGACUCCCAUGAGUACAUUUCGCGUUUGCAGACUUAGCGUGCUAAGUCUUCAGAGUGCCUGUGAAUUUUAGUUCUGCCAAUCUGCUAGAGCACAGGAGGUUGGUAUUUAUCACCCCCAUUUUACAGAUGAAGAAAAUGAGGCUUAGCAAGCCUGACAAGACCUAGAGCUAGGCCAUCCGAUCCCAAGUCUAGUGUCUGCAUCUGGAGACAGUGGUUCUCCACCUGGCUGCACACUCAGACCACCCGGGGAGCGGAACACUGCUGUCUGAGUCCCGUCUCAGACCAACUGAACCAGAAUCCAGCUCCUCAGGGGGAUUCUCACUUGUUCCAAGCAGACCUGGAGGUGAGAGCGGGUUUCUCUGCUUACCAGUUGGGGUGGACUAUUCCUUCUCAUUCUCGAUGGGUGCCCCUCUCCAGGGCAGGCUCAUAGCAUAGGGUGGCAGAGGUUGGGCAGCAGGACGUCCUCCAGUCACAUCCCCACUGCAGGCUGGGGCUAAGGAAAAGGUCUGGACUGGAAAGUUCUGCUCUUCCUUCUUGAGUAUCUGCAUGCCAUGUCAGAGAGGAAUCCCAGGACACCCCAAGGUGGUCUUGCUCACUGUUCAGCUUUUGCCACCCUCAUCUUAGUUCUUUUCCCUUCUAUCCUCACCUCCCUUCUGCCCAGUUCCCCUCACUCCAAACGAGUAAUUAUGGCUAUGGCUACUCCAUUCUUUUUUUUUUGGCCGGGAUGUUUUUAGUCCUUUACAAGUCAGUAACAAUCCCUCUUUCUUUCUCCUUUUUCACCCCAAGGGUGGCCUACUCUCCAGGCUGCUGAGAAUCUUCCUUUUCUUCAUUUAAGCUUUAUCUUGAACAUCCUUCCAUAUCAAUUCAUUAUUUUUUAUAGCUGCAUGUCCCCCAGCACAGAUUUUUUUUUUUUUUAAACACACCCUGAAAGUCCAGGGCUUACCGCUUGGGUCCAAAUCAAAUUAUCUUCUACUCUGAUUCACCCAUCUCUGCUGCCUGCCCCAUGGACGUCGUGCCACAGAGUCUGGAGGCUGUGGUCUCUUCUUACUGGGAGUUAGGUCUCCACCCUAUGUCCGAUGUUAACGUAGGAGCCUUGGCUUGUGCCUCCUCUCUGGAGAUGAGGAGGCCAAACCAGAUCCCGUAGCUGAAGGUCCUUACCAAACAGGUGCUGCCAUGCGGGCACUUAGGUGAGCACAAGAAGCCUCGUUCUAGAACAGUGAGUCCCAGCCUGCUCGCUGAGCCAUCCAGCCCAGACGCCGCCGCCUUCUUCCCUCCACAGCUGCAGGCUUAUUUGCUUCUGUCUCUGAAGAGGUGAGGGUCUCCAGCCACCUGCCCUUCCCGAGAGGAGAGAGCUCUGGGCCUUCUUCCUGCCAGUCUGGUCUUCGAGUGCCUUCAGGACAGAUAGACCUUGGCACAGGCUGUCCUGAGAUUCCUGCGAUGCCUGUCUGUUCCUGCCUUCUGUGGAGCAUGGCACCCACAGGAUUCCAGGACGGAUCGUAGACCCGAGCCUCCAGGAGGGUGCCCUGUGCUGCUCACUGCACAGUCCCUCUCAGCUCCCCUGCCACCCAGCCUCCAAGGCCGGCGGCUCCCAUCCCGGAAAUGCCCUCGGGCACCUGGAUGAGGCCAUCCCAGAGCGGGACCCAACUGUGCCACCCACCAACCCUCCCCCUGUGUCCCCCGCCCGCUCGCAUGUCCUGCUGCCAGGGCAGACUGUAGAAUGUCUGUGCCCCAGAUCCACGUGGAAGAAGUGGGUGCAGAAGAGGGGGCAGGAGCAGCUGCACCACCCGAUGACCACCUCCGGAGCCUGAAGGCCCUCACCGAGAAACUGAGGCUGGAGACCCGCAGGCCCUCCUACCUGGAAUGGCAGGCCAGGCUGGAGGAGCAGACCUGGCCCUUCCCGAGGCCGGCUGCGGAGCCACAGGCGAGCUUGGAGGAGGGGGAGCGUGGGGGGCAGGAGCCCUUGCUCCCGCUGAGAGAAGCCGGGCAGCACGCCCCUCCUGCCAGGAGUGCCAGCCGGGGCACCACACCCCUGUCCACUGGCAAGCUGGAAGGCUUUCAGAGCAUCGAUGAAGCUAUAGCCUGGCUCAGGAAGGAACUGACAGAGAUGCGGCUUCAGGACCAGCAGCUGGCCAGACAGCUCAUGCGCCUGCGCAGCGACAUCAACAAGCUGAAAAUCGAGCACACCUGCCGCCUCCACAGGAGGAUGCUCAACGACGCCACCUACGAGCUGGAGGAGCGGGACGAGCUGGCCGAUCUCUUCUGCGACUCCCCUCUUGCCUCCUCCUUCAGCCUCUCCACUCCACUCAAGCUUAUUGGUGUGACCAAGAUGAACAUCAACUCUCGGAGGUUCUCUCUCUGCUGAGGAGCCCUCAGACUGGGCAGAGGGGCUGGAGCGGAGGGCUUGGGCUGGAGGGUGUUGGAGGAAGCUGAGGCCAAGUUACUCCAGUGGGUCUCCCAGAGGCAGGGGUCCCUGGGACUGGUGACUCAAGGGCCCCAGGACCUAUUCAGUGGUGCUCUCCCAGGGGCCCUGCGUGUGGGUGCCAGUGUCUCUGUGACUGGCUCUUGCUUAAUACCCAAAGAGCUCUGCAGAAGGGCCGCUCCAACCAGAUGUUAAAUGAGACCUGGGUUCCCACCAUAAUCCAUCCCUCCCCAUGGUCACGUUCCUGUUUCCUGGAAUCACUGGUGCUAUGAACUGGGAUUCCCAAAGGGAGGCUACCCCACAAAGCUAUCGUUCUUGCAGAAGGCUCUCCCGCAAGGGCCUUGGGGAAAUUAGAUGUGUCACAUGUGCCUGUCUCACGUGCUGUUGCUGUCCUCUAAGUAUCGUCUCAAAUUCACCCUAAGUACAUGACUCAGCAACAUUGACAGGGACCUACUAGGAAAGGAAAAUCGAAAGGCAUGACAAAUGGGCACUUGGAGAUGCAGCCCCAAUGGCUGGCAGCCAGUCUCUGGUGAGCCUGAGGCCCAGGCUGCUGUCAGUCUCCCACCCUGGCACUACGAGGCUGUGUAAAUUGUAAAUUCUGGCGUGUGCUGGGACAUGUGAUGGGGGCACUAGCGUAGCUUGGGUGCAACAAGCACAGAUGUCCCCGUUGUCUCCCCUGGCCACAUGCAUCUCCAAAGAGCCUCUUCACUGCCACCCACACCCCAGGGUGACAGCCUAGGAGACCACUGGUGACUGAACCAGGCAGGUCCUGAAUGCAUUUCCCAUAACUGAAUUCUCCUGGAGGGGCGUGACCGGCGCCUCCUGGUGGAUUCUGGUGGUGUCACCUUACUGCCCUCUCCGGAAAGACAAUCCAGGGAGCCCAGAGGCCCAUCCUGAGCCUCCUGUUAGAUUUUGUGCCUGACCUAAACAACUAGUUUUCAUCCAAUAAGACUGUUACUGAUGUGUUGUUCACUUGUUAAUAACUGAGUUUUGUCCAAGCCACUUGUGUAGGUCAACUACAGUGUGUAGGAUUUGAUUUUAAGAGUUUAUCCCUCACAACAGGCUUAAGGAUCAGCAAGUUAAGACACCAGCAGGUUAGGGAGGUCAACCUGGGGUCAUACCUCGGCCAGACUGGUAGAAUCCUAAGAUCAGAAGUGUUUCUGACCUUUGACGUCAUCUAGUCGAGUCCUCUCAUUAGUAAAGGAGCAAAGUGAAACCUGGGGGAGAAGGACUUCCCUCAGGUUGCACAGCUGUUUAGGCUGUAGAAUAUUGAUGUGAAACCAUUGUUGAUAAUGCCUAGUAGAUCACAUGUCAAUGAACUUGAACCCCAAAGAUGGUCUUGAUGCUUUGCCAAACCCGCACACUGCCAACCCCUCUACUCUCCACCUCAGCCCCCACCACAUCUCCCAGAGUAUUGCAAUUCAGAACAUUUGGGUCAAUGUGGAGCCAGGCAUGGACAGUGGCCCCACAGGGCAUGUGUCACUAAUCACUGUCCCAUGGUCUACGCACGGCAUCUGGCUGCUGUGUCUACUGUGACUUCUUCCUGUGUAAUCUCAGUGGGGCCCGUGUCCACCUACGCAUCAUGACCCACAUAGGGGACAGGUUCCUUUUCUUUUGUGGGCUGAGAGUAGGACAAUGCAAAUGAAGGAUCUCUAGUAGACAGAAAAGAACUUGAUCUCUUUUUUAUAAUUUCAAAGAGCCAGAAGUUCUAUGCUUCCUUCAAAGUAGGUAGAACAACACAGCCGAGAUCUAUUGUCUGCCGUGCUCCGUGCAAUGAAGUCUGCAGGCCUGAGGACCAUGCACUGCUGUUCUUCCUCAGAGCUCGGCACAAACACUGCCAAGUCCUGAAGAGGCAUUCCUUUCCUGCCAGCCUCCUUCCAGAUGAGCCCUUGAGGUCUCGGGCUGACCUACACACACACACACCCACUCACAUGACAGAGAACACACCGUAAGCAUCCUUGAGCCCAUGCAGGAAAGCCCAUCCCAUAUUCUGAAAAAAAUGCCAAAUUAGGUUUUUCUUUCUUUUAGAGAUCAGUCAUUACAGUAACUGAAACCAUUGGGUUCAACUAAAACGGAAAGAUUUAGUUGAAUAUAGUCAAUCCAAUUAAGUUGGAUGCAACUGAGUGAUUUAGUUGCUCGGGUAACCCAGUGUUUGCUUGCUUUCUUCAUUCUCUGGGAGGAAACUAAGAUCAGACACAUGUUUGGGGAUAGGUUAAAUGUCUGAGCUAUUUUGCUCAGCUUAUCCUAAGAGAACUUUAUUAUGGGAUGAGGAGGUGACCCCAGAUGAGAAGUGGAGGGGACAGCGAUGUUUUCUAAGCAUCGGCCAGUGUUGGCUGGCUUCCUUACUUUCCACAGUGAACACAACGAACCACAUUCAUUCAGCUUUGUGAAGUCCCUGCUCUCCGUGGGUCUCUGAGUCAGCAGCAACAUUGGCCUAACCUCCGUCCCAUCCUCCUGGCUCACCACAUGUGUACAGUGCUGUUUGCAGUUGUACUCAUUAUCCAUCCAUCUCUCUGCAUCCCCAAGCAUCCCGGGGCAUAAAACGUGAAGUCUCCACCAACGCUGCUGUGUGUGGUUGUGUCUGAUGCCUUCAGGGGCUCAGUAGCCAUCGCAGAGGCCUGGAGGGCCUGGGCAGGCUUGACAAUGCCUGACCGAGUCCAAGACCCACUCCCUGUAGCAAUACCAAGUGCUAUUACAUAAUCGAUGGACAAUUUAUACUUUUAUUUUUUAUGAUUAUUUGUUUCUAUAUUGCUGUUAGAAAAAGUGAAAUAAAAAUACUUCAAUAGAAGAUACCCAUAUAAAAAAAAAAAAGGAGAGAAAAA